AUGCAAUUUAAAUUUUCAACUAUCGCAGCUACUUUGACAACCUUAGCCUCAUUAGCACACGCUGCUCCAGCAGUCAAUUUGUUCACCUCAGAUGGCGUGGUGUACAGUUAUGCAGUGAUUACUAGCACGAUUAAGCCUGCCACUACUUAUUUGAAAACAAUUUACUAUACCACAACUGAGGUUCUACCCGUGACUUUAUCCAAUGAUGUGGUGAGCUCAUCCACAAAAGAAGUCACCAAAGCGUCGACGAUCGAGAUGACUAGCACCUCUCAGACUUUACCAACCUCUACAACUGUAAGCUCGAGCAGUUCUAGCAGCAGCAGUUCUAGCAGCUCUUCAAGCAUUACAUCGUCAGGUUCAACAACUUAUACACUGAUCGGCACCGUCAGUGGUUCGGACAGCUCUUCCAGUAGCUCUGCCCCCUCGAGUUCCGUUAUUAGUUCCUCUUCCUCUGGCUCACCCAGCUACAGUAGCUUCAUGAGUACAGUGCCUGUCACUUCUUCAAGCUAUGCUAGCAGCAGUUCUAUUUCAACAGUCGCAUCCUCAUCCUCUAGCAGCAGUGCCACUUCAGCAGUUACAUCUUCGUCCUCUAGCAGCAGUUUUUCUUCCUCGAGCUCUGGCAGCUCGAGCACAACUUCUUCCAGUUCUGGUGUUACUUCUAGUGCUACCCUUGAUGCAGACGCAGUGUCAACCGUUUUUGGAGACGAUGAUUCCUGCACUGUUUAUUACGAAGAAGAGGAUUAUUACUACACCACUGUAUACUUGACGGAUCCUUCUCAAUCUGUGGAUGCUUACACCACAUACACAAGCACCUCAGUCGUCUACGAAACGAUUUCUCUGAUAUGA